CCGCCCACACAGGGCACCUUCCCCAGCCAUGUCCCCCAACUACAUCCGGAGCUUCUCGGAGGGAUGUCUCAGGCCGCCAACAGUAAUUGGACAAUUCCACACUCUUUUUUUUGGCUCAAUUCGAAUGUUUUUCCUUGGUGUUUUGGGCUUUGCUGUUUAUGGAAAUGAGGCCUUGCAUUUCAGCUGUGACCCAGACAAGAGAGAGGUUAAUCUUUUUUGCUACAACCAGUUCAGACCUAUAACUCCUCAGGUAUUCUGGGCAUUACAGCUGGUGAUUGUACUGGUACCUGGAGCCAUUUUUCACCUUUAUGCUGCUUGUAAGAGCAUCAAACAGGAAGAUAUUCUCCAAAAGUCAUCCUACACUGGUUUUUAUAUUUUCUCUGUUUUCUUAAGGAUUGUCCUUGAAGUUGUGGCUUUUUGGCUUCAGAUUCAGCUCUUUGGUUUCAAAGUGAAUGCAAUCUACAUGUGUGAUGUGGAAGCACUGGAUAAAAAGUUUAACAUUACCCGAUGCAUGGUGCCAGAGCACUUUGAAAAGACAAUCUUUCUUAUUGCAAUGUACACAUUUACUGUGAUUACAGUGAUCCUGUGUGUUGCUGAAAUUUUUGAGAUCUCAUGUAGAAGGCUAGGUUUCUUAAAAACUCAGUGAUGUCAACUCACACUCAUUUACUGCUCUGUCCACCUGCAGUUUUGUAACAAUGAUUUCAAACCACAGCAGAAAAACAUCUUCUGCCCUCUAUGCAGUGCUGCAGAAAAGACCCACACUCAUGAUUACUGAGACAGAAUAGUCACUUGACACAGACUCCUCAUCUAAAAACUUGCACACUAUGAAAAUAAUCUUUGUUUCCAUCUCAAGGUCAAAGGCACUAAAAUCUCCAAGAGCAGUAUAUUUUCAUGACCUGCCACCUAUGAUAGUUCUGCCUCCAGAGGAGUGUCUGUGUUUGAGGAAGACGGUUAUUUAUAAACACACUUCUAUUCGCAGCUUUUCUGAACACAUGCCAUCUGAGUUAAUAAGGCCACUGCCCUUCUAGGAAAAAUUGCAAAUUUUUUACGUGUUCUUAUGGCUUGAGACUUGAACAAUAAUAGUGGAUACUCUCUGGGUACCAGCAAGCAUUCAAACAUCUUCCCAAGAAGUGCCACUGAGAUGCAGCCUGCAACUCAGCCCCCAGGGGCAGACUCUUGGUCAGGCUGUGGUGACAACAUAUCCAUGGAUACCAGCUUACUUUGCAGAUGCUCAGCUACUGUAACCUGCUGGCUCAGAAUCUCCUUUUAAAAGUGAGACAGUAGUAUGGUAUUCAUUGUGCUGACUGCAACGCCUCAUUGUGUUUUGGCUUACCAUGGAGAAGAUUUUUACCAAUUUAGUAUUGAUCACAUUUUGAAGGAGGAAAAGGGCAUUUUAACAAUUUUGCAUAAGCGUCUUCAAAGUGUCAAUCUUGGAGAAAGCAUUUCCUAGGCCCAAUCAUAAUUUAAUUUCAAUGCGUUUUGCUUGUGUGUGACUGCAGAAUUGGGCCCACAGAAUUUUCUGCUGUUUGUAUCACAUCUAACUUUUUCUUGCUCUGACUGAAAUAACAGUUGGAAUAACAAUAGCAAGCUGCUGGAAUAACAGUUAAAAAAGAAUUCUGCAUAUUAAAAUUAUUUGAUGAAGUAAGUGUAUUGGGUUAGGUUAGGACUUAAACUUUUUAUAGGCAUCAAAUGUUUUUUUGUGCAACAGCUUCUUCUUAAGGUCUAAUAAGUAUAUUAAAUUUAGAAGUGAUUUCCUUGUGAUGAAGUGAAAUAAAGGAAAGAAAAUAGAUUUCAGAAUCAGAAAGGAGGAGGUAGUUUCCUGUAUAAAAUUAUACAAAUAGCUAUAAUAACAAUCAAACAUUUUCCAUCUGUUUUUCAAACAUAAAAAGCUGAGAUCCUGAUAACAUAAUUUCGGCAAUUUCAGAAAUAUUUAAAAAAUUCUGGAAAAAUUAUUACCAACUGUUUUACCAUGAAGUGUUAUAGUUAAUAACUCCCAAACACAGUUGAAUUAUCAUAGCCUUGUAAUUCUCACCCACAAAAGUAAACCUGCUAAAUAAAUGGAACAGCAAGUUUUAGGUGUUUUGGAUUUGAUUGAAUCUGUGCCAUUUAAAACAAAGUGGGCUACAACUAGACGUGUAGUUUUCUAUAUAUGCUGAUGAAGAACAAAACAAAGUAUUUAAAUACAUUUGCUAUAUUAAAGCAUUAAUACUAUUUUUUCCCUAUGGAAAUAAGUUAUAUGUUAUCUUAAAUGUCCAGUCAAAGAUAUCAGCUUUAUGCAAUAUUAAACUAAUUAUUUUAUAUUUCCAAGCAUUGCAAGUGAAAUAAAAAUCACUGUGCUGACUUCUUGUUUGCAUAAUAUGCCAUGUUCUUUGGUUGAUACAUGUUUGUUUUCACUGUAUAUGUCAAUAUACAUCUGGAAUUAUUCUUUCAAAUUGAAACUUGUAACAGGUAAAAAAAUUAUUUAUAAAAACAUACAAACUACUAAGAAAAAUAAUUUACUUUCAUUUGCUAGGUACAGUUGUUACCAAUGGUACACUUCAUCAGUUAUUUGUAUAAUAAUAAAAUAACUUAAUCACAACCUUGUCA